GUGAGCUGGGACCUCCGCUGCGGUUCACCUCGUGAGGAUGUCCUCUCGUCGUACACCGGCUUAGACUUCCAGACCGAGUACGGCGUCUCCCUCUCGCCUGGCGUCGAGUGCGAGCUCGUCAUGAAGGACUCGUACGGCGACGGCUGGAACGGCGCUAGCUGGUCGGGCCUCGGGCAAGAGGGCCUCACCGUUGCCUCUGGGUCCGAGGAGCGGAAGUCUUUUGUGGUGCCGUUUGCGCCGCCCUCCCCGCCGCCGCAGCUGCCGCCGCCGCUGCCGCCUCCAUCUCCGCCCUCGUACCCGCUCGCAUACUACACCGUCACCACGACGCCGGGAUCGUGGCCUAGCGAGGUGAGCUGGGACCUCUGGUGCGGCGGUACGGUCGUCCUCUCGUCGGCGCCCUACGCGAGCGGAGAGCCUUUCCAGGCCGAGUACGGCGUCUCCCUCUCGCCCGGCGUCGAGUGCGAGCUCGUCAUGAAGGACUCGUACGGCGACGGCUGGAACGGCGCUAGCUGGUCGGGCCUCGGGCAAGAGGGCCUCACCGUUGCCUCUGGGUCCGAUGAGGAGCGGAAGUCUUUUGUUGUACCGUUUGCGCCGCCCUCCCCGCCGCCAUUGGCGCCGCCGCCGCCGCCGUCACCGCCGCAGCUGCCGCCGCCGCCGCCGCUGCCGCCUCUGUCACCGCCACCGCCGCUCCCGCCGCCGCUCGUGAUCACCGGAGGCUGCGCUGGCCAAAGCGCUGCCCUCGACAACGUCGAGUACGUCGCUGCUGGCUACACCGCCUCGGGAGCGCCGUACUACCGCGCCUCGACGUCCUCGUUUAGCUACCUCUACUGGGACCCCGACUGCAAUGGCAACGGAUUUGGAGCGAACUGGAUCGUGGACGCUGAUCAGCCGAGCACCACGGCGUCGAGCGACCUCGAUGGCGACGGAAGCUGCAACUUCAGAGCCUACAUCAACUCCUACUCCUCCUCGCCGCCGCUCGGCACGACGACCUGGACGGUGUGGUGCAACCCUUGGACGGACAUCGCCCUGACGCUGGCAUUCCCCUCGCCGUCGCCUCCGCCUCCGCCUCCGCCUCCGCCUCCGCCUCCGCCUCCGCAUUCUCCACGCCCGUCGCUGCCGCCUCCAUCUCCGCCCUCGUACCCGCUCGCAUACUACACCGUCACCACGACGCCGGGAUCGUGGCCUAACGAGGUGAGCUGGGACCUCUGGUGCGGCGGUACGGUCGUCCUCUCGUCGGCGCCCUACGCGAGCGGAGAGCCUUUCCAGGCCGAGUACGGCGUCUCCCUCUCGCCCGGCGUCGAGUGCGAGCUCGUCAUGAAGGACUCGUACGGCGACGGCUGGGACGGCGCUAGCUGGUCGGGCCUCGGGCAAGAGGGCCUCACCGUUGCCUCUGGGUCCGAGGAGCGGAAGUCUUUUGUG